GUGGCCCUGGUUUAGCCACAUUGUCUAACAAAUGCGCCAAACGGGGGGAAGGUAGAGAUCCGAAAUAAAAUAUAUUUAAGCUGUUAAGAAAUUGAAUUCAUUACAUUUGUCAGUACGAAUGAUCGCGCCUUAAAGGUUGCGUGUGCUGUAAUUGUGUUGAUAGCCAAAGGAAGACGGACACGGAGGAAAAGCGAGAGGUGAAGACAGCUACAGUGACAAAUCCAGCUAAAACAAAAACUGAGAGCCUUUUGAGUUAUCCAGUUUGGUCAGGGACUAGUCAACUUGGGUUUCGCAGGAAGUAUGCAAGGAAUCUACUCUGUGAAAGAGGUUGACCCGAUUGCUGGAGUGAGAAACCCAUGAGCCCUUUUAUGUCGAGAGUGAAUGCACUCCUUCACUAUUGAUUUGGAUUCCUGUGGACCCUCCUGGUAGGGUUUGGGAACAAGGGAACUAAUCACCAGCUUUGGUUUCCAAAAAUUGGUAUGGCACAUGGACAAAACACAUGCUGCAAUACCCAGGUAAUGAAAGAUCCUGGGUCUGCGGAAAUUCCCAUAAAUCUGGAGAGAAACUUGGUGUCUCCCUCUAAAAGUCUUACUGUGCAAGAGACUCAUGUCGAGAAUGUAUUUUCUUCAAUUUGUAAUUCAAACAUAAACACAACACUGGACUCCCCAACGCAACACCCACCUCACCAAAGGUGUCAUGGGGAACAGCUUUGUCUGCAUCAACAGCCAGAUGGAGUGGAGAGGCUGGAACUUCCAAACUGCACUGCUGCAGAUGUUACAGCUAACGAAACACAAUGCUUAAGUCUCUUCCAUGGAGUGACUGAAGCAAAUGCAGACUCCCAAGGCAAUUAUUUUGUGAACUCCACUAUUUUUGAUCAAUACUCUGAUGUUAGCAGUUGUUCAGAGCCUGAUGUUGGAGAUGUUACUACUUGCACUGAAUUAAACAUUGGCAAUGACCAAUAUAAUGACCUACAAGGAAGUGAAAGCACCUGGAAACUUGAAUGUUUGGAAUUCUCUAACUCUUUUGGAUCAGUAGAACCCAACUGUCAAAAUGGAUCUAACCACCCUGGUAGUACCUGCAAAGAUGAAAGUUGCAGUAGUACCUCUGAUUUGAAAGUUCAAGAAGCCGAGGAUAAGACCCAGAGAGAACAGAUGUUUGUGGAUCAAAAGUAUGACUACUUGCAUCUACAAAAGUGUAGGGGUGAUAUUAAUACAUGUGGAACACAUCAAUGUGAAGGUUGCUUUUUUGCCAGCAGAUAUUCCAGCAAUCUACAUGAUUCUGAUACCUGCAAGAACUUAAAAAAUGAUAGUACUGUUGCUUAUGAAAUGGAGGCCAGAGAUCAAGUGCUUGCACCUUGUGGAGAUGGCUCUAUCAGUUCAAAAAUGGGACUCCAGAAACAAUGUGACCAACAACAGAAAGAUGAUCAUAAAGAAUAUCCUGGUGAGUUGCUUGGUACUAGCAAAGGUGAGGAUCAACACUGUAGCAGCUUUGAAUUCCUUCAGCGCUGCUUAGGCUUAAAUAAUUUUCACAGUGAUGCAAAUGAGUCUAGCUUUGCAAAAGAGAGCCAGAAUGGUGGAAAGGUAUCCCACGAAGACGGUAUACACACCAUACAGGGAGAACCACAUGGUGGUCCUUUGGCCAUUGUGCAAAUGGGUUUAGAGUCUGUUCCUACAAGGAAGCCUGAGGAAACGUACACCGGAAGUGGUAGUCAAGAAUUACCUAUCACUGUGUGCUAUAAUAUUCCAUGUGUUACUGACUCAAACAAGGUAAUGGCUACAUCUUCUCAGAGUAGCAGUUUAAAAGGAGACAGUUUAAAUUCACAGGCAUCUGACACCUGUGCAUCUAUUUUUGAAAAUCUGAAUUGUAUUGAUACAUAUACUAAAAUUGAUCAUUCUUGCAGUGAUCUUUCCAGAGAUCUUUUACUAACAACUUUUCCUGACUCCAAUACUGACUCUACUGAUAUUAUACCAAGUUCCUGGAAAGAUAAUGAAAUAUUGGAAUCUUCUGAAAAACAGGCUUCUGUGUUGUCUAAAAGUGCGCACAGACCUUUUUUUCCCUUGAAUAAUGAAAAUUCUGCUUUGCUUGAUGUGGCUGCUGAUUCCUCCACCAUCCAAGUGUUGACUCAUUUUGAGACUUCCCAACAUUUAAAGAAACUCUUACAUCCCGUUGUGCUGCUGAAGACUGCAAGGCAAUAUGUUACAGAAAAGAAGGGGUACCACUGUGCUGAAUGCCAAGACCCAUCACCAAGUUUGUCAUGCCUCAUAGAACAUCACCAUGUUGCUCACUCUAAAUACAAUUUUCACUUUUGCCAGACUUGCAACCGAUAUUUUACUGGCUUUGAACAAGCUAAGAAACACUUUUGUGUACGGCAGAUAAAUACUUUAAACAAACUGAAGAAAGGAAGUUACCGCAUGCCACGCACAUGCAAGUACUGUGACCUGACUUUCACCAGACUCUCUGACUAUUACAAGCAUGAACGGAAACAUACUGGCAUUACACCAUUCAAGUGUGAAAAAUGUGGUGUCUACUUUGCUCAGUCAGCAAGUCUGAACCGACACAAGCGAUUGGCUCGGUGUCCGCAUCCAACAUUGAAAAAUCUUGAUAAAAAAGUAAAGCACCAAAAAUCUUACUCUCCUGUCAAAGUGUACCAGCUUCCAUCAGAUGACAUGGGUAGUCAGCUACCUCCAUGCUAUGUAAAGUUGGUGGACUUUCGCAAGGGCAGUUGUCCAACAAGCAAGAAUAAUUCAGAAGUUUUUGAAAAGAGUUUCCAACUUGGACUAACUGAUGAAAGGCCCUUUAAAUGCCUUAAAUGCCACAGAACCUUCAAACAUGGUAGCAAUCUAAGCAGGCAUAAGAAGAAUGCCUGUAAAGAUGAAAAUAGCACACUGAAGUCUACAAUUACAAAACCGAUUAAAAAUGUUGGAGGGCAGUACAAGUGCCCACUUUGUCCACGUCUGUUCAAAUAUUCCUUCAACCGUUUCCGUCAUAUGCGGUUGCAGUGUCUUAAAGAAUAUUCACAGCAAGGCAAGGGUAAAAAAGGUAAUUUGUACAAGUGUGCUUUUUGCAAAAGUACUUUUUCUAAUUCCUCUAAUCGCAGCAGACACAUAAAGAUGGUUUGCAUGAAAGAGUAUAUUCGCCGAGAGAGUUUGAAGAUGAGACGGGAAAUCCAAGAACAGAAAAAAGGGUUGCCUCAAAAGCAACAGCGGCCACUGACACAACCUCGGCAGGCUCAGAGGUUGCGCCACAAGUGCAGUUUUUGCCCAGCAACAUUUGCUCAUACGUCUGGUAAAUAUAAACACAUGAGGAAACACAAGCCGUUUGAGAAGACUGGAAAGCCAUUCAGGCAGCAGAACUCUCACCGACUUCUGUCAAAAACUGAAAAUAUUAAUCCAAGGUCCAAAGUCCGCAAUGAAAAUGAUAAUGCUGGCAGCCUACCCUUCUCUUGUCAUUAUUGUGGAAAACAAUUCAGCACCUCUGCCACUCUCUCAAAACAUGAAAGGUUGCAUAAAGGUGAAAGACCUUAUCGUUGCUUAGAAUGCGGAAAGCGCUUUUUGCGAAGCUCACACCUCAUAGCUCAUAAAAAGGUACACCAAAGAAGAAUACAGUGCACUGUUUGCAAGAAGAUUGUUCCUACAAUUAAAGAUCUAAUAAAACACAGACAAAGCCAUAUAAAUAAGGGUAUGCUACAGUGCCCUGAUUGCCCAUUGCAGUUCAAAUAUCCUGCUUUUCUUCUCCGACAUGUGUCUAAGCAUAACAAAAAACCAUCGAAAGGCCCAGAAUUUUCUGCUUCUCCACCGCUGCCACCACCAGAACCACAACAUGAAGGCAGCCUUGGUGAGUUUCAGUGCUCACUCUGUCAAGAGACCUUUGACAGUGCCUUAACACUGAAUAGGCACUGCUUAUCUCACAUGUCAAAGUCUUCUAAAAAUCAGUGCCCUUUCUGCAAAAGACAUUUUUCUGGGCGUACUGCUUUAGUUCGACACCUUCGCCUACAUACUGGGGAAAAGCCAUAUCGUUGUGACACCUGUAGAAUGUGCUUUGCACGUUAUGAAGGCCUUAAAACCCACAAAGAGAAAUGCUCAGCUAUUGAAACAAACCAGAUUGAUAAGCAGGAUGAUCCUCUUUCCUCCAACAGUAAGAAAAAGUACACCUGCAAAUACUGCCCACAAACAUUUUUCUGGCCCUGUAGUUUAUCAAAGCACCACAAAAAUCACAUCCUGAAGAUGGUUUUUCCUUGCUCCAAAUGUGGUAAAUGUUACAAAAAACUAAGGUUAGUGUCUCAUGAGAAAGUGUGUGACCCUUCAGCUACCACAUAUGCAGAUGCAUCUAGCAGUCAUUUGAUUGCUUGUGGGAAGUGUGGACAGUCCUUUAAUAGAAAAUCAAAUCAAAUUGUCCAUGAAAGGAAAUGUACUGCUAAGGGCAUAGGUACAAGGAGCACAGACAAAUUGAAGCACCGCUGUCCGCACUGUUCUAAAGUCUUUAGGUAUCGAAGUUACCUUCUAAGACACCUUGUGGUUCAUGCAAGGAACAAACCACAUGCAUGUAUGCAUUGUGGUCAUAGAUAUGCCAGUCACAGCCGCUAUCUUCAGCAUGAGGCUUUCUGUAAUGGUACUUAUAGGUACAGGCGAUCAAGAGAUAGCGUAAAGGUUGUAAACAGCAUGCAUAUGUCAUCUGAUACUUCUUCCAAACAAAAAUGUGAACCUCUAACUGCUGGAGACAGUGAAGAAUACAACUGCAAAUUCUGCUCGAAGACUUUUAUGCGCACUGGAAAUCUAAGACGUCAUAUUUUAACACACACUGAGGUCAACCCUUACCAUUGCAAAUCUUGUGAAAGCUGCUUCUCUCGUUAUGAUACAUUAAGACGGCAUGAGGAUUCUUGUACUGGCAAGAAGGUAAGACCUGAAGUCCGCAUUGUCAAGAUUAGUCUAGAUGACCUGGGGAAGGGCUGGAAAAACAAACUGGAGAAACCAACAGAGGCGCAAAAAUUUUACUGUCAGACUUGUAGCAAAUGUUUCACCACCCAUGCAAAUUUAAGUCGUCAUGUAACCUUGCAACAUAUAACAGUAAAGCCUUUCAGCUGUAGUCGCUGUGGUAGUUCAUUCUCUCAUGAGUGUUCUUUGAAAAAACACAAUAUGAAGUGUAAGGGACAGCUAUUUUCUUUCGCCUCUAAAACAAAGAGUUCUCAACAUGAAAGCAGUAGCUUCCAAGCUGUACAGGAGAGUGGCAAUACUCAGCCUUGCAGGGAGACAUCUGAAUUUCUCAUGAAGAUACAAAGGCAGUACCCGGACAAGCAUAAAUUCCUGUGCACUUUCUGUCCCCGUCGCUUCAAAAACCAAGAACAACUGAAAGUCCAUACCCGCCUGCACACAGGAGAAAAACCUUUUGGCUGUGCCAGCUGUGGUGAACGCUUCAUUCGUCGUGACUAUUUGAAGCGCCAUUUGAUUAAGUGUAAAGUUGGCUCAGAAAAACAGGAGAGAAUGCUCUGUGACAAAUGUGGUGAAAUUUUUAUCUCUCUAGAUCAACUCCAAAAUCACAUGAAGUCUUGUAUGGUCACCCCAAAGUUACUGGACUGCUAUUUAGAAAAGCCUACACGUCCCAGUAUUUCAUCAGAAAACAAGGGCUUUUCUUGUGCUAACUGCAGUGAACGGUUCUUGCUGUUCUCACAGCUACAGCAUCAUUUCCUUGCUGUGCAUAGGGGAAGUACUUCUCAGAAACUUACAUCAAUAUUACCAGUCAAGCAACAGUUAUCUAGCAUGGACGUCAAAGAGGAGCCAGUUGAUGAAGGUUAUGAAGAAAACCAAUUAAAGAAUUCUGAUCAAUUGUCUACUAAACUUCCAAUUGCAAUUCAUAAGAAACCAUUUGUUUGUCCACACUGCAACUUAGAAUUUUGUAAUACCAGUGGACUUGGCAUGCAUCUUCGUAUGCAUGCAGGCCAAAUUCCAUUUAUGUGUCCAAGAUGCAAAAAAGGCUUUUGGAGUAAGAGCUUACUGCGAAAACACCAAAGAAAGUGCCGCUUUCAAGUGGUAGCAAGAGAGUCGCAUACAGAGACAUCCCAUCCAUUUCAAUUGAAUUACAACGCCAAGAAUACUGUUUUGGUAUUUAACAGUGGGUCCAAAGCUACAGGGACAGGCGUACUACAAACUAAAUUUUCCUGCAAGGAGGGUAACAAAGAUCAACGGUGUCAACAACAGGUUUCAUUUGAUACCCAAGAGAAGCAGAAUUCUUCUGGAACAAGUGUUACCGGUAAAUAUCAAUGUUCAGAAUGUGAUCAGAGUUUUACUGAUGGACUUUUACUUAUCAGCCAUUUGGAAGGCCAUAGUCGCCAGGAGAGAGAACAAAAACAAGGGCAUGUUUGCAAGUUGUGUGGAAGGGUAUUUAAUCAGUCGGCUGUAUUAUACAGACAUUUGAAAAUGCAACACUCCAAAAAGACACCAUAUCUAUGUCCAGAAUGUCCCAAAUCUUUUCGGUAUCCUUCAGAUUUGGAAGUCCAUAGAAGUUGCCAUGACCCCAAUCGACCAUUCAUUUGUAAAUUCUGCAACUCUAGGUUUUGGUCAAGCCAGUCUUUAAAAAGACACACCUCUGCUGUACACCAUGAACUUCCCAAAGAUACAUGUGCUUAUACCUGUCAGGUUUGUGACAGGUCCUUUUCUCAGAGAAGUUCAUAUCAAAAACACUGCAAACGUCAUAAUGUAGGGUUGGGUAUAGAAACUCAGCUGAAACAAAAGCUAUUCUUAAAGCAAAAAUGUAGUAUGGUUGUGAAUCUUGAAGGAAAGAAUUAUUCACACAAUGAAGAUGAAGGCAACAGUGAUGAUUCUGACUCGGCACCUUAUUUCCCCUGUCAUGUGUGUGGAAAAACCUUUCCCACAUCAGAAAACCUAGAGGAUCAUCAACGUUGCCACCUUGGUGAGAAACCUUAUGAGUGUGCAGAGUGUGGAAGAUGUUUUUUCCAGCUUGCUCACCUGCAGCAACACCAGAGAAGCCACAAAUCUGAGUUUCAGUGCCAAACAUGUGGCCGCGGCUUCGUUUCAUUCUUUGCUUUACGUAAGCAUAAGCACACUCAUGGAAAAAGCCGACCGUAUCGCUGCCCAAAGUGCCAGCUCAGCUUCACUGGUCCCACACAGUUGGCAGAACACAUGGCUACUCAUCGUGAUGAUAACUUCCCCUGUGACCUCUGUGAUCAAACGUUUUCUUGUAAACUUAGCCGUGCUCAGCAUCGCAUGAGCCAUACAGAUCAAGAUGAAAGUCUUCCUCCCCUGCUGCCACCAACCAAUAUAUCACUGCAGUCAUCUCAUAUCUCUAAUUCUGAUCGGCUGAAAUAUCACUGUGGUGUUUGUUGCAAGCGAUUUCAGAAUACAGAACAACUGUCAGAACAUGGUUGCCAUGCAGGCAGAGAACGACCUUACUCUUGCCCUGAAUGUAACCAGCAUUUUCGUCAUGGAUCUCACCUCAAAAAGCAUCAACUCAGUCACCAAAUCUCAAGACCCUCCAGCUACAAAUGUAAUCAGUGCAACAUAUGUUUCAGAUACCGUCAUCAGUUUCUAAACCAUUUGAAAGUACAUGGUACCGAAGAGUCCACAGAUGCUCUCAACACAGCCAAUUCAACAGAUGCUCGGAAUAACUCAGAAAAUAUCUUCCACUGCCCCAUCUGCCCAUCCCAAUUUCUCCAUGCCAUAGAUUUAGCAAGCCACCUUUCAAUUCAUGCAGACAAUACAUUUGCAUGUGAGAUUUGUGGAAAUAUGUUUGCAAGCAAAAGCAGCCUUUUAGAACAUGAAUGUCAUCUAACUACCUCUGUGCAGUAUGAGUGCACAGAAUGUGGUAAUAGUUUUCUGGGCAGUAAUACCUUCCGGCAUCACCUCUGUACAGGUAGAAAACGUCCAGAUAAGGAGAGUGAAUACUGUUUGCCAUCUUCAUCUUCUAUGAGGAAAACUGCUCCAGUCACUGUAUCCCAAGCUACAGAAGAUGAUGACAGUGACGUGGAUGUAGGGGAAGACUUUUUUAAUUGCCCCGUUUGUGACAAACGGUUUACUUCCAAGGAUUCCCUCCAGGAACAUCAGCAGCAACACACUAUUAACCGUCCCUUUAAGUGCCUUUCAUGCGGCAAGUUCUUUGCAAAGAAAAGGUACCUCAAGAAGCAUGAGCUGAUUCAUCAGCGCCUGUAUCGUUGCAAGCUAUGUCCUCAGUCAUUUGGUGAUGCAAAAGCCUAUUUGGUUCAUCAGGGUCUUCAUGAUGAAACCCGGCGGCACCAGUGUCCGGUGUGUCGGAAAUGUUUUGUAACAUCUCAAGAUCUGGCACGACACACAAAAUCUCACUGUAAAGAGCUGGAGGACUCUAGGGGGGAUUUUCGUUGUGACAUGUGCUACAAAUCUUUUGGUCAGCUGGCACAUCUGCGGCAGCAUCAAGAAUCGCAUGUUGGGCAGGUCGUGUAUGAGUGUACAGAGUGUGACAAAGCAUUUGCUUUUUUCCACCUCCUGGAAGAACAUCAGAGCACGCAUGCAUUACCACAGUCAUCUUUAUCUGCUCCUGUGUCCAACACCUCCAGUUCCUUCACUGCAUAACCUGUAACUGGAAGAAGAGAUGUUGAUAUUGCUAUGUUCUGGUAAUUAAUUCAAAGUAUGAAAACUGUCUGAUUGAUGUUUUAUUUCCACUUAACAUUUUUACCUAUGAAGUAUUACUAUUCUGGGAGGCAUUUUUUUUCCCUCAGUUAAAUAUAUUAUCAGAUCUCCAGUUAUUUAGACUCCUUCCAUCCUGUUCACUUUCCAAAGUUGGAGGUUUAAGUGUUUAAUGUAGAGGAUUGUUUAUUCAUGAAUGUAAAUACAGUUGGUGCAUGUGUACAUUUAAAAUGGUAAAUCCUGGCUAUUGUAAUUACGAGAAUAUAUGCUUGGAGUGAAUUGUAAAUAUUAAAAGCUCCUUCUGGUCAGUGUGUGCAUUGUCACCUAAUCUCUUUAUGCUGUAGUUCAAAUGAAUUUGGUUUAUAGAGUUGCUUGUUGUAUUUACUUUCUCGCAACAAUUUAAACACAUUUUUAAUCUUUCAGAAUGUGUUAUCAGGUGUACUUAUGUGACUUUAAAUAUCUUGCUCUAAUAUGUAGAGUUUGUAUGCUCAAACUUAAGUACCGAAUAGUAUGUAAGUGGAUAAAGUAUUAUGUAAAUGUUAAUUUCUUUCGGUAUUUACUAAAAUUGACUGGGCUGCACAGUUUGCUGUACAAUUUUUUUUUUAUAUUUCCUUUUAAUAUUUUUCCAAUAUUGCCAGUAUAAUAGUUUGUACAGAAGAAAUUGUGUUCAGUAUUUCUACUUACUGUUUGUAUACACACAUGUAUACCCCAUGUUUUAAUUUUGUAUGGACAGAGUAUUGGGUGAUCUUUCAGACUUCUGGGUUAUUUUGGUUUUCUAGUUUAGUCUUGUUUGUAAAACAAUGUAAAUAAUGUUUAUGUAUAUAGUAACAAUUGGUUGGGAUUAUGGACCCGUAAAUGUUAAAUGACUUGUGGGAAAAUUUAACCCAUAAGAAUAAUGUGAGAACUGGGAGUAUGUACUGUAAGAGCAUUGACAUUGCUUGUCCAUCCUGUAUUGUCAAUCCAUUGAUAAAGGAGGGAUAAGCACAGUAAUUAGCAGACAGUUUGUAUGAAAAAUACUGUGUACAUGUACAGUACCUGUACUCUUUUGCUUAACAAGGAAUACCUUGACAUCCAAUUCUCAGUCAGCGUUUAACCAAUUUAAACACUAAGUUCUAUUUAAAAUUUUAGUAGAUUUUUUUUUUUUGAGGGAUUUGUUAAAAUAAACAGAAUAAACUAUU